GGAGGGCGUGUUGGAGGGGGCGGGGCGGGGGUCGACCGGCAGUAGUUGCACGGUGGGAGGGACAGCGGACUUGGUUUCUUCACCAUCCAUCCAGUCGUCUGUGUGCGGAGCGGUUAUCCCGAUUUGUCGGAGCAGUAACUGAAGAUGGCUGACCUCCAGGCUAAAUUUGACACAGCAGCAGCUGAGGUGAAGCAGCUGAAGGCGAAGCCGGCAGAUGAGGAGAUGCUGCAGGUCUACUCCCUGUUCAAGCAGGCCUCUGUGGGCGAUGUCAACACAGAUCGUCCAGGGAUGUUUGACUUCACUGGGAAAGCUAAAUGGGACGCCUGGGAGAAGCAGAAAGGAAAGAGCAAAGAGGAUGCCAUGAACGAGUACAUUGGACUAGUGGAGCAGCUGAAGCAGAAGUAUGGAAUUUAACGUCACCCAAGAACCACAAACCGCUGUAGAGCGCUGAGACCAGCACCAGUCGGCCCUCACCCCGUCACUGUGGAACGCCUUAAAACCCAGGGAGCGUGUCCUUACACAGCAUGUGACUGCCUGGUGGACCGCUGAUGGUCCCAAUGAGUUGAAGCUGCAAAAACCACUGAUAGAGACCAUCCUCCAUCAGCAUACUUUAGUUAAUGUUUUCAAUCAUGUGUAUCUGCACAGAGUCCUGUAAUUUCAAUAUAAAAGCCUUCUCUAAGA